UGUCGGGAGCGCACACACACGACGUGCGUGCCUCAUCGCGCGGAGCUUCGCCAGCAGUCUCUGGGACGAGUCGUAGCCUUUAACUUCCUUCGGUCACGCGGUGAGAAACGGCUUUCCAUGUUCGAGCGCAGGCUCGUUUAAGACUGUCUGACUAUCUUCUGUGAACUGUGCAACUACUUUGUUUAAGUAUCUGGGGUCAGGUGUUGUUGGGCGACACCUAAUUCUAAACGACGUUUACACACACAGGCGCGGGUGUGUGAAUGUCCUGUAUCGAAUUCACACAACUCACUAUAGAUAUAAUAUCCGAAUAAGCAACAAAAUUAAUUAUUUGGAGUGGUGGAUGGUUUUAAAAUCUUGUGUCAACUUCGGGAAAUCGGGUCCCGUGCCAAGCCACUGAAAUUUCCGCAACUAUAGCCUAGCGACCUGAGAGCAUCAUGCCUCGUCCCGGGAAAAACUCCUACAGCGACCAGAAGCCGCCUUACUCCUACAUAUCCUUAACGGCGAUGGCUAUCCAGAGCUCCCAGGAGAAGAUGCUUCCUCUCAGUGAUAUUUACAAAUUCAUAAUGGACAGGUUUCCAUACUACAGAGAGAACACGCAGAGGUGGCAGAAUUCCCUGCGACACAACCUGUCCUUCAACGACUGCUUCAUCAAGAUCCCGCGGCGACCGGACCAGCCCGGAAAGGGCAGUUUCUGGGCCCUGCACCCGGACUGCGGCGACAUGUUCGAGAACGGCAGCUUCCUGCGGAGGCGGAAGCGCUUCAAGCUGAUGCGCUCGGAGCACGUGGCCUGCAAGAACUCGCCGAUGCUGCACUACUUCCACCAUCAGCACCACCAGAGCAAGCUCGCGAUCGGAACGCCCGAAGGUCCCGCGAACGUGAGCCGGCUGCCCCAGUUCCAGACCUACAGCAUCAAUGGCGGCCAGUCCGGAGGGUUCAAGCACCCGUUCGCCAUCGAGAACAUCAUAGGACGGGACUACAAGGGAAUGAUGACGGGCGGGCUGCCGAUCGCUUCGGUCAUGCAUCACCUGGGCUACCCGGUGCCCACGCAGCUGAGCAGCAUGGUCAACUCCAUGUGGCCGCACGUGGGCAUGCUGUCGGAGUCCAUGGGUCCCGUGCCCGUCUCCACCGACUACGCGCCUUUUGGGGUUCCGGUGAAGAGCCUCUACCACUCGAACGGCCAGACCAUGCCCGCGGUCCCGGUUCCUAUCAAACCGACGCCUGCCCUGGGCCAGAUUCCGGGUAUCCCGGGCCUAACGACCGGCCCGACGCAGCUCUGCGCCCCCAGCCCCUCCUCUCUCCUGGAGAAGACCGUGCCCGACCUGCCGGAGGGAAAAGGCUCUGCCAUGCACCCGGCUCUUCUGCUGUCUUAGAGUAAAUCAACCAGACGAAAAUCAGCUCAUUUAAUUUUAGGAGAUUUAGGACAAUGCGACUAAAGAGAUUGUGUACGACAGUAUGUGUUAAAAAUGUAUUCACUUUGUAGAAAACUGAAGGCAGAUAAGGUUGGCUAUAGGAGGACGCUAACUGCAGAUUUGACUCGGGAACACUAUGCGGUUUCCAGAAAGCAUUGUGAAGAUUGGUCGUGACAUACUCCUCACGGCCUUUUUAGUUACUGCGUUGAAAAUGAUUAUUUAAAUGUGUCGUUUCACGGGGAAUGGGGGAUGGGGGAUACAAUCUUGAAUUUGACCCAAAGAGUUUAUGAGCGGGAAAAAUGAACCAGGAAUAUAUGGAUAUAUUUUUACUUUGGCAUUACCCUUCGAGCCAAACAAAAUUUUCAAGAGGUGCCGUGCGUGACUGGUGGCCGCGUGCGGUCAUUUUCAUAGACUAUUUAAAAGCUCAUCGAGUAGGCUAAAAUGUUUACCUUAAUACUAUAAAAGAGUUAAUUAAUCUUAUUUAACUGCCACGCAAUUAAAUAAAUUCAUUUGAAAAUGUAACUAGCGAAGAAGAAAAAAUAUCCUGUAUUGUAACGAUUGAAUGUUCUAUCAGACGAUAUUUA